AUGGAGGAGCAUGCGUGCCUUGUCCGCGCUCGCUCUGACUCUGAGAGUUCUUCGAAACUUGGCAGCUUCGGCUCCAUAGCUCACACCAUGUCCUAUACCGAGGACAGACUCACAGAAGGCGGUGGUGAUCCUGGCAUCACAAAUAACAUACCACCUCCGCCUGACAACAAUGAUGUCAAUGAUAGCGGUGAGCUAUUGGACUAUAAUGAUUCAAGUGUACUCGAGCAAUUCCAUGAAGAUGCAUUACGACAGGCCGGUUGCGGUUUAUCUCAAGGAAAAGUGAUCCUGGCCGUUGGAUUGGCCGUGGUGGGGUCAGCUUUAGAAAUGUCAUCCAUUCCAUUUGUAUUGCCAUCUGCUGAGAUAGAGCUGUGUGUGUUGCCACAUGAGAAAAAUUGGUUAGUGAUGAUUAGUAUAAUGGGUGGAUCGCUGGGUGCCGUGGGUUGGGGUGCGUUGGGUGAACGCCUCGGCCGUAGAAGGGCGUUGUUAUCUGCGCUCGCUGUUAAUGCGGUUUUUGCUGCAAUUGCUGCCUUCAUGCCUACUUAUGGGACGUUUAUGAUGGCCAGAUUUUGUUCAGCCAUCGGUUCGGGCGGUAUCAUUCCCACGGGAUAUGUGUAUACGUCGGAAAUGAUAUCCCGGGUAAAGCGAACAAUACCGAUGGCCGUGUUCCCCGUUUGUAUGGGGGUGGGGAUACUGGUGGCGGCUGGACUCGCCCGGGCCAUCUUACCUUUGACCGGGGCCGAGACUUUGAUAGAGAAUAAGGAGCAUUUCAGCGCUUGGCAUAGGUACCUCCUCCUGUGUGUGUUGCCAAUCAUUGCGUCGUUAAUCAGCCUCAUUUGGACGCAGGAGUCUCCCCGGUACCUCCUCGAUGUGGGGAGGGAAGUUGACGCUAUGAUGGUGUACCAGAGCAUACACAGCGGCAACCAAAUCCGCGUGUGCCGCAAAGUGAGCGUGGGGAACGAUGGCGAAUAUCGUUUGGGCGAACUCUCCCUUCCGGGGAAGAGACGUCCGCCCGCCCUGCAUCACGUCAGACAUAGCGUCAAAAUGUUUUGGCAGACAUUUUUCCAAUUAUUCUCAAACACAUACAGAAGUACAACAGUGUCUCUGGGCGGGACUUUGUUAUUCUCUAUGGCGAUAUCGUUCUACCUAUCAGCGGCUGUCCCAUCGACAGUGCUGAGCAUAGAAACGGAGGCCUUCCUCCUUUCGAGGCGUCGGGUAACGAACGUAACGUAUGAGAACGAGAAUUACAACGAGACGUUGGAGAACGUAGACUUUUAUGACGUCACGUUUCGUAACGUGACGUUUCGGGAUAUGCUCAUGUCGCACGUCACCUUCUACAAUAACACCUUCCUGAAUGUGGCCUUUUCGAAUAUUAAGACGUCGUACACCAGCUUCAAGGGGUGCCUAUUUGUUAAUUCAACGAUGAUAGACACGGAUAUAGAGAUAGGAAAGGAGUUGGACGACUGCACGCUGACCGGCAGUACAGUGCGAGGGGUCAAGGGCGGGUGCAGUAGACACGCGGACCUGACCUCCACGCUGAGCGGUCCGCUGGCCGAGCAGACGUACGGGGCGUACGCGGCUCUAUUGGCCUCGGUGCCUGUUGCGGCCCCGCACGCUUUGAGACCGCCUGUGAUCCUAUGCGGCGCGUUAGUGUUGCUAUCUCCGACACUCUACUUUGCGCAGAUAGAGACAGCGCUAUACAUAGUCGAGGCGGCUUACAGACUGAUCGUUACUGUUAUUUUCUUCACCAUCAGUAUUAAGGUGGUGGAUUCGUAUCCGGCUAAUUUAAGAUGCACGGCCCAUGGGCUGAUAUUAUCGACAACUUACAUGUGGGGUACGGCCGUACGGGGCAUGGGGGACUUUGGACUCGUUAUAAGUUGUAUUUUGUGCGCACUUUUCGCUAUCACAGCAACAGCACUCUCCGUAAGAAUACGAUAG